GGAGAGCGAGAGAGUGGGAGAUGGAGAGAUACCGUGAGUGUGAUGGUUUGCACUCUAAUCCAGUCAGUUAGGCACAGAGGAAGCAUAACAGAGUUAGUCUGAUGUAGAUCACUCAUCUAAUGAUCUAAACUGAUGAAAAAAUGAAGACCAGAGGAAAAAACAAUCGUGUCACAUAUAUUCAUGAAGGACAACUCUUUGACAGACUUCUUCGGACUGGUGCUCAUGAAGAGAACACUGAAGACUGUUGCCUGUUCAAAAAGAUUCAGGUGUGAUUCCUUAAUAGCUCCUUGAAAUCAACAAGAAUCAUCACCAGUCAGCCUGCAGUGUUGCAGCAAUGGAUGGAGAGUGACCGGACCUGCUCUGGAGCUUCUGUGUGUACUCUGUAUGGUUACUGUAAUCCAAAGACAUGCAGAUGAAGGAUAACAGAUGAGGUUCUGCUUCCUGAUUUCAAAUUGAUGUCAGAGAUUCCUGCUCUCUGGCUGAAGAAGCGACUUCUAUUACUUCAUGAUAAUGACCUUCUGAAAGACUGCUGAAUCAAACCACAACUCAUCCACUUACCGGUGAUCACAUGUGUCAUGGUGAUUAGACAUCCAUGCGGCGGCAACAUCUCCGAUGAUUUAGGGUAUGGCUUGUGAGGGGACUACUGGAAGCCUGUGCUUGGUUUAGAAGUCGAUGUUGGCUGGAGCCAGAUGUACAAAUACUGACGUGAAAGCUGGAGAGUGAAGGCCCUUUCCAUUAGUGUUCCCUAGGGAGGGAAAGGCCUGGACAAAAUCCGAACGAACUGACCUAUUUCUAGCACAUUCUGGACAUCACCUUGUUGAAGAUAACACUGAGAACUGACAGCUUUUUCUUUUGGAAUACAUGCUAAUGGAUAAAAACUGUUUUCCAUAUUUACACAUCUGAGACACAUCUCAUUAUCUUCUAGCCGGAAUAAAAACAGAAAAGGGCAAAUAGCACAUGUUUGAGUGUAUUAUGAACAGCAUAUUCCAGUAAUGUGCUAAAGAAGACUUAUUAUGGCGUCUUGGUUGGCCGAAUCGCUUCUAGUUGGGAAUAUCAUGAUAUUUCAAAUAGAGGAAACCUCUGAAAUCGUACCCAUUUUCCAACUGAUCUGUCAAUGCUUACUUCUUCCUCAAAGCAAGUAUUCACUGAGUUAAGCUCCUGGUUUGUGGCUGUGGAGCUCAGAAAAAAAAGGCUGGAAUUUUUGGCGGAACACGCAGGUGCUUUUGUGCACCUCUGGGAUGGCCUGGCAGUGAAAGGAAUAGCCUUGCUGGGGGGGCUCUGCGGGAGCGGAAACACUUCCACUGGCUAUGUUUGGAUAUGAUGCAUCUCUCUGUGAAUCCAGCAUAGACUGCCUGCCCUGAUUACACAGUCCUGGUAUUCAGAUAGUUCUGGAGCUAAAGGUAAAAGGAUAAUGCAUAUUUUUCCCUGCCGUCAUAAAGAAGCCACCAUGAGCAACGUCACGGUCACCGACAACACUGAGCCCAUCAGCAGCGCCAUGAGUCUGGCGACCCCCGACCCAUACCCCUAUCCUGUUAGCUUUCAGAUCUCCCUGACAGGCUUCCUGAUGCUGGAAAUCCUGCUAGGUCUGAGCUCCAACCUCACAGUGCUUGCCCUCUACUGUAUGAAGUCAAACCUCAUUAGUUCUGUCAGUAACAUCGUCACCAUGAACCUCCAUGUGCUGGAUGUAUUGAUCUGUGUGUGCUGUAUUCCCCUAACAAUUGUGGUAGUGCUUCUCUCCCUGGAAAGAGACAUGGCCCUCAUCUGCUGUUUCCAUGAAGCCUGUGUCUCCUUCGCAAGUGUUGCAACUGCUGCCAACGUGCUUGCCAUCACCCUUGAUCGCUAUGACAUCUCUGUAAAACCAGCCAACAGGGUGCUGACCAUGGGCCGUGCAUUGGCGCUGCUGGCUUUUAUUUGGGUGCUGUCAUUUGUUAGUUUUCUUGUUCCCUUUAUCGAGGUGGGCUUCUUUGCUCAUGACCACGCUGAGCUGAACUACACAGUGGUGGAGAAUGGGGUCCUCAGUAACGAGUACUACACUGAACCUGGCCUCUAUUAUCAUUUGCUUGCUCAGAUUCCUAUUUUCUUCUUUACAGUCAUUGUUAUGCUCAUCACCUACUCAAAAAUCCUGCAGGCGCUCAACAUUCGCAUAGGUACACGUUUCCACGCAUCACAGAAGAAAAGAACUCGCAGGAAAAAGAGUCCAUCCAUGACAGCAAUGUCAACACAACAAGAGGCCACAGAUGGAUCCCAGAGCAGCACCAGUCGCAAUCCCACACUAGGCAUGCGCACGUCUGUCUCAGUCAUCAUCGCCCUGCGUAGGGCUGUCAAGCGACACAGAGAGAGGCGAGAACGCCAAAAGAGGGUUUUCAGGAUGUCCUUGUUGAUUGUGUCCACCUUCCUGUUGUGCUGGACACCGAUCACAGUUCUCAACACGGUCAUCCUAAGUGUGGGCCCCAGUAACCUCAUGGUCAGGUUGAGACUGGGCUUUCUGGUGAUGGCUUAUGGGACCACCAUCUUUCACCCCCUGCUCUAUGCCUUUACAAGGCAGAAGUUCCAAAAAGUCUUAAAAAGCAAGAUGAAAAAGCGAGUGGUGUCAAUCAUUGAGACUGAUCCUACACCUAAUAACGCUAUCAUUCACAACUCCUGGAUCGACCCAAAGAGGAACAAAAAGGUGACGUUUGAGGACAAAGAUGCACGGUUGAAAUGUCUUUCUUCUGAGGAUGUGGAGUAAAUAAACUUAUCUUAAGGGGAAACACAGUCAAAGCAGCUAAAACUGACUUCAAGUCAUCAUGAAAAAGGGAAAAUUGAAUUCCAAAGCAGUAAUGUAAAAUAAUAUGUGCAAUAAAAUAUACAAAUGUAGAAGGUGGAUAAUUUAUUACUAUUUAUUGAGAAUUGAAAUACAUUUCAUAGAUGUAUUAUUGUACUGUAGAUAAUGCAUGUCUUUUGUAACAGCGGCAACAAUACAUUAUGUACAUUGAAUUACAUGUACAUAAUAGGUUAAACAAGAUAUUUAAAUAGAGAGAGAAGUAGGAAUUGUUAUGUAAACGUAUAUUUAUAAUAAAUUUUGUGUUCACAUCCAAUGUAACUUCCUAUUCUCUACUCCCUCGGGUAAAAUGUUUGUGAAUCAGUAACAGCUUUUAGAUUACACACAUUUAUCAUGUUGCCACUUUUCCUUGACACCAGUCCCAGCAGUCUCCACUGACCACUAACCUGAUUGCUAAGGAGCCUUCGAGAAGAAGGCCCUUACAUCGAAAUUUGACAAUAAAUACAAGACAGUGACAAAGGGAGGUCAUUUACAGUGCAGGUGAGAAGUUCACAUACGUUCGUCAUGAGCAUAAAUGUAUUAGAGAUGCAUAUUAAUCAUUAUGUUUUAAUGGUGGAAUGAUAAGGCAACAAACAAGCUAAAGUACUUUUAAAGACUAGAUUUGGGAGAAGAAGUUUAAAUUUAUAGUAGAUUUUCUCUAAUGCAGAAAAAUUAUAUAGAAGAGAAAAAAUUUUACAUACUCCCUUAACAUAGUUUUGUGUACAUUUCUUUUUGCAAGUUUCAGGAAAAAACACGUACUUUUUGAAGCCAUAAACAUGGUCCUGGUUAAAUUCUGGCUGAAUAUUUGACCACUCAUUUUAUCAGCAUUGAAAGACCUCAUUUAAAAUGGUUAGACAGAUCAGAAACAAUCCAGGAACCGUCUUGCCUCAAGCCAAAUAUAAACAGGAAGAUGCUGUGUUCCUGUCCAGCGAGAGGAAAGAUUAAUUUCAACAUUGACUGAGAGAGUGCUGACCAAGAUAAAAGCCUCUGCUCUAAAAUGAGCACCUUUAAGCUCAAAUCAGAUUUAGAGCUGCCAACACAGACUAUCCAUAUGCCCACUGUAACAUACAGUGCAAUGAGAUGAGUCAAAGAUCAUGCUAUUUGGCUACAAUGACAAGUAUUUUUGGAAGGGUGAUAGUGAGGUUUAUCAAAACAUGAGAACAGUAUACAAGCUGUCAAGCAUGGUGGUUGUAGAAUUAUGCUAAGAGUCUGUUUUGCUGUCAGUGGUAAAACAGACAUGCCAUAACUUAAUGCUGUAAAGCAAAAAAGAGACUACCUCCAUAUUCUUCGUCUUCCCCUCAAGUUAGAAGCUAGAUGGCUGAAAACUGGACACAAUAGGACACACUGUUCGACCCACAAUGGUGUGUCUAACAGAACAACAAUCCCAGUUUCAUAAUAAAACUGGUUUUGCAAUGGAUAAAGCAAUCUUCUGGAAUAGUCACGGCCUCAAACUUAUGGAAAACUUGUGGAUUAUGCUAACAAGCUGGGUCUACACUAUAAUGCCAACCCAUCUGAAUAAGCUCUUGCAGUCCUAUUAAGAGUACUGGUCAUACAGUAUAUCCAGAAUUAUGCCAGAACUUGUUUAUAGGGACAAAAAAGGUGUGUUUUUUUUUGCAGCUUGCUAAAAAGAAUUAAACUAAACACUGUGGGUUAAUGUAUAUAUUUUAGCCUCAAUGUAUAAUUUGAUCCUCCAUGGAUAAGAGAUAAUGUCUAAUUAUUUCAAACUGUGAAACCAGUUAAUGUUUUCAAAAGUGACAGAAGCAGCUUGCUGCAAAGAAUAAACCAGUUCAAACAUGUCAUUAAAAGCACUAAAUUAAUGUGAUAUUCAUGACCAUGAUGGUAUAUGUGAACUUCUCACCGGUAUUGUAUACAGAGGAGAGUAAGAGAUGUUGAUUUUGAAGAAAAAAAAAGGCUCAGGAAGUACUGUUUAGAGUUCAACAAUCACACACACAUUCCACAUACACAACAGAACACCAUGCUUCUCAUCAACCCGGCUGACAUAAACCAGAUGUAAUCUGAUUCGGGUCUGCCUCUUCUCCUUUUUUCUUCUGCCAUUUUUACUCACUGGAAAUUUUAAGACAAUGGUUUAAGUAUAAAACAAGGUGGAAAAUGACAGAACAUAAAAAUGUUUAGUAUUUACCUUAUCAUAUAAUAAAGUGCUUCACAGCCUGUACAUUA